AUGAAUGUUUGGACAGGAUCCAUUCCUCUCAGCUCGGACUCUAAGUUAGAAGAGAUUCGACUGGUCGAUCCGAAUUCCUACUGGCAAUCCGAGCUAUCCAAAGAGUCUCAACUCAAACUCCGCAGCUUCGUCAAUCCAGCACUCAUCCCACUGCAUGCACGAGCCGGUCCCAACCUCGAGCUACACACAUCUCAUGCGGGAACAUCAAGAUGGCUCCAGAGGAAGCUAACAGGCGCCCUCUGGCUAAAUGAAGAAGACCCAACACUCCAGCAAUCAUUACAAUGCCCAGUUGGUCUGCUGGUUAGUGUAGAAGGCAACACUAAAUCAGGCAACGCAACCCCAUCAAGUCUGUUAGUCUACGGCGUGCUAUCCAGCGCAACAUCAUGCACACGCCCACCCACCCCACCGCAUUCAUCCCCUUCCGAGACCCCAGGUCAAAGCAACACACUACAGCGUGCCCCCUUCGAACUCAGAAUCUACGCCGCGCCACUAUCAACUUCACGACUCACUCAAGCCCAGGCCUACCCGUCUCCGCCACGCUCCAACCCAGACCAACCCAUCGAGAACUCGCGCUGCGCAGAGUUCCUACCAGACAUAAGCUCCCCCAGCCCCAAACGCAAAAGAGUCGCAACGCUCUUCGAAGUAGCCGCACAGCACCACCGCCGCGUACGCCAGCGAGGCGGCGAAGCCGUCUCACAACUAAUGGCGCCUUCACGACCUCUCUCCUCAUCACAGAACUUGCAAACGCUACGCAUCAAGCGCGAACCAGAAGAAGACGGUCCCUCCCUACCAUCCCUCGACCGGAUCGUCUCUCACCGUUCCCGAUCCGUCUCUAUCGGGGCGGGCCUACAGCGCCCAGGUAGUGUGCGCGGCCGCGCAACGACAGCCCUCAAUGCCGAUCCGCAAAAGCGUGCUCCGACACCAAACCCGUUCUUGGAUUCUGGUCUGCGCCGUGGACCACAUAUGUCGCAGGGCCAGGGCCCGUCUUCUCUUUCGUUCUCCGAAGAGAAACCCGUGUCUACGCCAGGCUCGCCAGCUAAAGAUCCAGACACUGUGGUUGCAGAGAACAAGAAUCUCAUCACGCGCACGAUCUUGACAUGUAUGCGUCUGUAUGGAUUCCACCGUGCAAAUCCGAAUAUGCGCGCUGCGUCUAUGAGCAAGCCGCCAGGUGGUGCCGGAGAGCCUGAGCCUGAUGCCUCGGGCACAAUGCCGGCACCGGAAGCUUUGCGUGCUGAAACGCCUGCGCCGGGCACCACUGCGGAUGAUGAUGAGUUCAAGGCUAUGUACCAUGCGAUAUACAAAGCUGCUGCUUUUGCGCUCCGCAGGUAUCUAAAACAGACGCCGGGGUUGGCGCCUCCAGUCUUAGAGAAGGAGAAAGCUAUGACUUGUAUUGAUGAGUUACUAAGAUUAUUCUGCGAGGAUCACUGA